CAAAUACAAAUGACAAAAAAUACUGAAAUGCAAAGCUGGUUAGCAACUUACUUUUUUAAAAGCAUAUUACAGCUUCGGAAUCCUUCGGAAUUUAUCUCAUAGAACAAAACGUGAAACUCUCUUAGGCUUACGUUUACCACAGACCUUAUUAACGAAAUCCCUAUGGGAAAAAUGCAUUGGAAAUCUGACGAGGGAACCCAUGGCUCAAAAAGCGAACUUACUUCCGGGUUUUUAGGACUACAAACUGUAAACCAGCCUCACUGAGCUCUCAUAAAGAAGUUUGUGUUUUCGUCACUGGUCAAAUAUCGGCUCACACCCAGUGUUCCGUGAGUAAGUUUUGAGUGGAAACAGGACUUCCAUCACCACAGAGAUGACCAGUACCGCUAACAGUAGGCCUUACCAUGUUAUUGUGUUCGGAGCCUCGGGAUUUACCGGACAGUUUGUUGUUGAAGAGGUCACACGAACCUUAUCAGACGGGCCGAAAGGAACGAUGAAAUGGGCUAUCGCCGGGAGAAGCAGACAGAAGCUGGAAAAAGUUCUGGAGCAGGCAUCCGCAACGCUGACUAAGCCAGAGUUGAUGUCUGAAGUGGGAAUAAUCCUGGCAGAUGUUGGUGACCUGGCUUCCCUGGCUACCAUGUGCAAACAAGGAGUGGUUGUCCUGAACUGUGUAGGACCAUACAGGUUUUAUGGUGAACCUGUGGUAAAAGCAUGCAUUGAAAAUGGAACCCAUUACAUGGACAUAUGUGGAGAGCCACAGUUUCUAGAGGGGAUGCAGCUGAAAUAUCAGAGCCAGGCUGCGGAGAAUGGCGUGUACGUGAUUGGGAGCUGUGGAUUUGACUCCAUUCCUGCUGAUAUGGGAAUUCAGUUUACCAGAGACCAUUUUAAAGGAACACUUACAGCUGUUGAGAGUUUCCUGACCAUAAGCACUGGACCUGAGGGUGGGUGUAUCCAUGAUGGAACCUGGCAAUCAGCUGUCUAUGGUUUUGCAGACAGUGACAAGCUAAGGGCUCUGAGGAAGAAGGCUGGCUACAAACCACUACCUGUAGUAGGGAAGAAAAUCAAAAGAAGGAGUACCCUGUUCUUCAGUAAGGAGAUUGAGCAAUAUGCUGUGCCCUUCAUGGGGGCUGACCCCUCAGUGGUGAAAAGAACACAGCGCUUUCUGCAUAAGGAGUACCAGGAGUCACCAGUCCAGUAUGGAGCAUAUGUAGGUGUUGGGGGGAUCUCCUCUCUGGUCAAGCUGUUCUUUGCAGGAAUUCUAUUCUGCUUCAUGGUCAAGUUUGCAUUUGGUAGAAAGCUGCUGAUUAAGUUUCCAGAAUUCUUCUCCUUUGGUGUCUUCUCAAAAGUGGGUCCAACUAGAAAGCAGAUGGAGGAUUCUUCCUUCUGCUUCACCUUUCUUGGGGAGGGCUAUACAGAGGGCCAAGAUCCAACGAAGGGCAAACCCAAUGCGAAGAUCCGUACUCAAGUCAAAGGACCAGAUGCAGGCUACGUUGCCACCCCAAUAGCCAUGGUUCAAGCAGCCCUCACCCUCCUCAGUGAACCAGAAUCCCUCCCAAAAAUGGGGGGUGUGUACACUCCUGGAGCAGCUUUUAUCAAGACAACCCUGGUUGACCGACUUAACAAGCAUGGCUUACAGUUCUCUGUGAUGACCAGCUCUGAGGCUUGAGGAGGACCUUCUACCCCUGCCCUCACCCCACAGUCCUACACGUGCCCAGCUUCAUAUUUCUCUGCUUGCUUAGGAAAAGAAAAAAGAAAUGUUCAAAUAUCAAUGUCAAGUAAAAAAUAAUUCCUUUAUUAGCAAAUCAUCGUUGCAAUCUCCUAUGCCAUGUAAUUUAUUGAAUUGAUGUGCAAGCAUGCCGGUGUUCUCUGCUUGUGAGUUUGGACAUGCGCUAUACAUCAAGGUGUCAGCUGCUCUGGUUUUGGACCUCAGAUUUAGCAGCACAGAUCAAAGUUUAAAGACUAUAGAUUUAGAGCAGUAUGAUUUUUCUCACCAACCAAAAAAAAUGCAGCUUUAAGAAGAGAAACAAAUUAUAUGACAACUUACAGUUCAGUAAGUUUACGAGUAAUUAUUUAAAGAAAUGUGAACACAGCGUAGCUUAUCAAGGACUUGUGAGGUCUCUAAAGAAUUGUUAGAAUGGCUUCAAUACCUUUGGGCAACUGAAAGAUACUAUAUUGGAAUUGGAUGAUCUAGACUAGAGUUAAUAAAAAGAUACCGUGUUAAUCCUGAAAGUAUUCUUUUGGUGAAAUAUUUCAUUAGAGGUUCAGUCUUACCAUGACAAAAAAAAUGUGGUAGUCACAGCAGAAAUUGAAGUCGUGAUAAUGCGUGUUAUGCCGUAUGUGGAAAGCUGCUGUUAGUCAAUGUUUAAUUACUGGUGUUACUGCACUAUCUGCUUUACCUGCCCAAUCCUAAACAUAUAAAAUUGAGCCUCCUAACUAGCAAAACAAUACCUAUGUCUGCAAAAAUUACUAGCUAAUUAAUAAUAAUAACCUCCACAUCUAGCAGGAUGGUCUAGCCUACUAGCAAAUUAUUUGUAGUUUGAUGCCAGCUAACCAAUAAAGCUACUUGACUGGCUUCCAUGAACAAUCAACAAGGUAAUGAGCCAUCUAGCUAGUACAGACUACAUUCUGUCAGAAAAAGGGAUGGACUGCUUUCGUAUCACCUUGUUCACUAGUUAGUGGAGAUAACAGCUCAUUUUGUGCAAAAAAAUCAAAUCCUACCAUCAAAAAACAGCACACAAAGUUUUUUUUUGUGUUCCAGGUUGGUAUCAAUAAAAUAAAGAUUUAAACUUUAGAUCAGAAAUACUCAAAUACCUCUCAUUAUCCAUGAACAAUGCUUACAUAGGGAGUUUCUUGAUUGAAAUAAUACCCAUCAAAUGGGAUGAUUGGUUCUCUGUAAGGUAUCUGAAUUUAGGUUACUUUAAGUUCCAGUACUUUUCCCUGCUUAAAUGAUGAAAUUGACUAUUUUUCAUCCUUUAUGUACAUAUUUUGGGCUUUUACCAAUUAGACGUGUGGAAUGUAUUAGGUGUGGCUUAUAUAUGUCGCGUGCUGCCCAUUGUUUUUACAGCCGUGAUGAAGUGUUGAUAUGCUUUGGUCUGUUUCAUUGCCUUGUUCUAGUCCAUUUAAUAAAGGCCUUUAAUCCAUUUUUUCA